GACAGUUAGUUUAAGAUUAGAUCCACAGAUUAAAGGCACAGUUAGUUAAACCAUACAAUGACUACCAAUACUACACCCGAUUUGGAUAGACAUAGACAGACCAUACAGUCGUUGACUGCAAUCCGUACAGCAAUUGCCGCCAGCAAUGACCAGUCAAACACCCUAACCGAUGAACAGCUUAGACAAUGGCUGCAUGAGAUACAUGGGCUACAACUGGGUAUAGACUCGGGAUCCAGACGUCGAUGGGAAGGCCAACACGUUUACCGCGAAUGUCAACAAUUGAUACGAUCGAUACGAUUGAUGUUAAUAUACAGACAAAUGACAGCCGAAGGCGAUCCAGAUGUCCAGCGAUUGACAAAAUCAAUGGCUGCUAAUCGUCGGGCCAGACCUCGUCAGAGGACACUAUCGUAUGGGACGAGUAGUCUGAGUAGUCAACAGCCGGCAACGGCACCGCUAGUACAACAUAGACGAACAUCAGCCGGUCAGCUACAUCAGCGGCUGAAAUCGGUAACACCCGCCAGUCAGCGUAGGCCACCGCUUGAGCGGUCAACAUCAGCACACAAUAUACGGGUAGCCGUACUAACCGAACGAGAAAGACAGCGGACAUCAAUCUACGAGACACCAUCGGGCAGUGGUGGCCGAGUAGGUAGUGGUUGGUCACCAAAUUUGUUGAUGAGCGGACUGUACGGACAUUUGCCUCAGCUCACGACCGACCAUCUCAAGGGUGAACUGUUUAUGUCGGCCAGCGAUCGCCAGCUAACCGACCGAGACUACGAACUGCUAAGCCAUGAACUCAUCAAUUAUGGCCUAAUUAUUGAUCAACAAAACCAGUUGGAUAAGGGAACUAUGGGUAUAGUAUUUACGGGUAGGUAUGGCCAAAAUAUUAGUAAACUAAUGGACAUUGAGGGCCAGUAUAUCCAGGGUUGUCAACCGGGCCAACAAUUUGCAGCCAAAUUGAUUAAAUUUGAUACAACUGACAGCAAACGUAAACGCCGGUGUCUAUACAUGGAGAAGCAGAUUAUGAAACUGAUUGCCCGAUCAGCGCAUGUGAAUGUUGUCUGCUAUCGUAUGGCCGUCAAUAUGGGCCGGUCGAUUCAAUGCCAAAUACCAACUGUCCAUCAGCAGCUGGAAUGGUUCCUGAGCUAUGAACGUACUGUGAUUAUCAUGGAUCUGGCCGAUCACCAGUCACUAUAUGAUUACCGAUUGAAAGCAUCGGAUGAGACAACUGGUAGUACUAGUAGUAGUAGUAGUGGUGGAGGACUAGGACAGGUAGUAUUUGAUGCCAGGGUAUGUGUAAAAUUUCUACGCGAUAUGCUUGCAGGGCUCCGGUAUUUGCAUCGUUUAGGCGUAACACAUGGCGACAUACACGACGGUAAUAUACUAUUGUUCAGCCAUUCCCUGGCCAACCCGUCGCGCGAUCCAUCCGUACCAUUGGUAGCCAAAUGGACAGAUUUUGGCGGAUCGAAAGUCAGGCGAAUAGAUGGGCGCCAGUAUCUGACCGAUACUGAGCACCGGGAUUAUGUCGAAAAGGAUAUGCUAUGUAUGCAGUAUCUGGUCAGAGACGAUAUGCUCAAUCAAGUUGAUCCCCGUAUGGAUCAGCCGCGUCUGGACGUAUGGCGACAGUUGGCCGACCAGUUAUCCGAAACCAUUGACAUACAGGUGCUGUACAUUGACUAUCUGGUCGUUAUUGAGUCGAUUGGUUUGUAA